CCAAUGUGGAGAAGACGCUGAGGAACUAUCUGCAGUCACUACGCAAGGGGCCUGACUAGCUCUGGAUCCCAUGGAGGGGAAGAGGCCAUCUGGGAUCCGGUCUAGGCAUGAGUGUUGAAGAUGGCGGUCUGCCAGGCUUGGGCCGCCCCAGGCAGGCUCGCUGGACCCUGAUGCUACUCCUGUCCACUGUCAUGUAUGGUGCCCACGCCCCAUUGCUGGCCUUGUGCCAUGUGGAUGGCCGAGUGCCCUUCCGUCCCUCCUCGGCCGUGCUACUGACCGAGAUGACCAAGCUGCUGCUGUGUGCGUUCUCCCUCCUCGUCGGCUGGCAAGCUUGGCCCCAGGGGGCCCCACCCUGGCGCCAAGCUGUCCCCUUUGCCCUCUCAGCCCUGCUGUAUGGCGCUAACAACAACUUGGUGAUCUACCUGCAACGGUACAUGGACCCCAGCACCUACCAGGUGUUGAGCAAUCUCAAGAUUGGAAGCACAGCCCUGUUCUACUGCUUCUGCCUCCGACACCGCCUCUCUGCACGCCAGGGGCUGGCGCUGCUGCUGCUUAUGGCAGCAGGAGCCUGCUAUGCAGCUGGUGGCCUCCAGGACCCCCGAGACAUCUUGCCUGGGCCCCCUCCAGCAGCGGCAGCUGGCCCCAUGCCCCUGCAUAUCACCCCGCUGGGCCUGCUGCUGCUUGUCCUGUACUGUCUCAUCUCAGGCCUGGCGUCCGUAUACACAGAGAUGCUCAUGAAGCAGCAACGGCUGCCCCUGGCACUUCAGAACCUCUUCCUGUACACUUUCGGGGUGCUCCUGAACCUUGUUCUGCACGUAGGCAGUGGCCCUGGCCCAGGCCUCCUGGAGGGCUUCUCAGGGUGGGCGGCCCUGGUCGUGCUGAGCCAGGCGCUGAAUGGACUGCUCAUGUCGGCUGUCAUGAAGCAUGGCAGCAGCAUCACACGCCUCUUCGUUGUGUCCUGCUCCCUGGUGGUCAACGCUGUGCUCUCCGCCGCGCUGCUGCGCCUACAGCUCACUGCCGCCUUCUUCCUGGCCACGCUGCUCAUCGGCCUGGCCGUGCGACUCUACUACGGCACCCGCUAGCCGUCACCACCGCCCCUGUGGACCAGCUGCCACCAUCAGAGCCACCCCAGCCCUCUCCUCCCCUCAGCAGCCCUGUAACAAGUGCCUUGGGAGAACAGCUGGGGAAGUGGGUAAAGGAAGGGUUAACCCGCGGGAGACUUAAAAAGUUGGUUCCAUUAGGGGACCUCCUAACUGCCCGCCAAGUUGUUCUAGACAAAGUAAUUAGGGGAACAUCACUAUCUAGGCCUGAGAAAAGGCCCCCUUCCCUGACGGAGUGGCUCCCUGACUCAUCCAGCAGGAGCGCAGCUACAGGAGGGGAGCAGUGGGAGGAGGCGCAUAACAUGCCCUGCCUGCUGUGGUCAGCCCCGCAGACCCCAUGCUCCGGGUCACGUGCUUGGCUGUGCCAACUCAGCUGUGGUGCAUGACUUCCCCAUAAAGGAGAUGCCCAGCUGUCUCACAGGGAGCCCCAGUUGCCAGAUUACACAACAGUCCCCCAGGCCACAUGGCCACUCCUGCCCCAGCAGCAUCUGGAGGAUGUGCCCUCUUCUGCCUUCCGCCACAGUGCUGCUCCCCACAUCCAGCCUUCUUCCCAGAAACCCUAGCUUGGGGCAUGAUUCAUCUCAAGGGAAGGUGCCCUGGGCCCUGGCUUAAAUCUACACUCCCAACUUCUGCUCACCCCAAGGACCCUCCUCAAGCCCACUCCGCCUCUCAGGCCCCCCCUGUGAGGUAUCAUCCAUCUUACUCUGAGUCCUGCCUCUCCCUACCAGUGUUCUAGCUCCUACUCGUCGAGAAGGCGUGCAGAGGAUCCGGGGCCAGGGAUACUUCCUAUAGGGUAAUCAGUGUGUCUCUUAACUGCCUAACAAUAAGGUCUUAAUAAAGUGUUCUGGAGUGUGGGGUGGCUCCUACACUCAACCCCA